UUCGUAUUUAAUGUUACUUUUCACUCCUCUUUUGAGCUAGCGGUUUUUUUUUUACCCGACAGCGUGCAGAUGUUGUUAUAAAAACGUUCUUAAUUGUGUGAUUUUCAAGAUGUUUAUUAUGUAGAUAGUUCAACAGCAUUGUAAAACACUGAAUUAUGGUCGUCGGAUUUAUAAAAGAUGUUUGUAAGUCAGCUGGCUAGCACCGGACAGCUAGCUGUGCUAAUGUAAACAAACAUGUAUUAGCAUCGCAUCUGUGUGCUGUAGUUGUAGUCUAGUCGUUUUUAGCUCGUUAGCUUAAGAGUUACAUAUCGAUUUGUGUUGUUUUCUGGUCACAGACUGCACAAGAACAUGGAGAUCGCGCAGUCUGGCUUGAGAGAGAAUCCUCAAGGUUCUGUGGCUGUUAAGAAAAAGGAAAACUGUGAAAAAAGUCUUGGAGAAAGAAUACAAGAUUGUGGUUUACAAUGUAAAGACAGGACCGUUGAUGGCGAGUCUGUGGAAAGGGACAAGACUGAAAAUUGUGAAGUGCAACAACAACAUCAUGAGGUGCAGGAGACAGAUGUGCUUAAGAAACAGCCUGAAGAGGAGCUGCUGGACCCCAGGAUUCAGGAGGAGCUGGAGCAUUUGAAUGAAGCCAGUGAGGAGAUCAACCAGCUGGAGCUGCAACUAGAGGAAGAGAGGUCAAGCUACAGGAAAAUAUUUACUGAUUCAGCCAGGAAGCUCAAUGCACUGAGCUCUCAACUGGGAUCUUGCAUUGAGAAAUCCAGACCUUAUUAUGAGGCACGGAGAUUAGCUAAAGAGGCCCAGCAGGAGACCCAGAAGGCUGCGCUUAGAUACGAGCGAGCUGUUUCCAUGCACACGGCUGCACGGGAGAUGGUGUACGUGGCUGAGCAGGGCCUUGGAGCAGAUAAGACUCUGGAUCAAACCUGGCAAGAGAUGCUCAAUCAUGCCACUGCCAAAGUAAACGAGGCCGAGGACGAGCGGCUACGGAGCGAACGAGAGCACAUGCGUGUCACUCAGCUGUGUCAGGCAGCAGAAGCUCGUGUACAGACCCUACAGAAAUCCCUCAAGAGGACCAUUGUCAAAUCGAAGCCUUACUUCGAACUCAAAGUCCAAUUUAACUCCAUAUUGGAGGAGCACAAAUUGAAGGUAACUCUGUUAGAAGAGCGUGUGAGUGAAGUGAAGAAGCAUUACUCCUACACUCUGCAGCGCUUGGAGAAAAUUAGCGAGGAGAUCCAUGCCCAGAGAGGACCGCACCAUUCUGAGAACGGAUCUAGAACAUCCUUCAAAACACGGAGUCCUCCUAUAGGAGCCGAGGCGGUAGUCCCGAUGAGGACUGAAGGUGGACAUUAUGGAGGCCGCGAUAAGUCAAGUGAAUGGGUGGACGGUCAAGGGACUAAGACACAAGAGUGGGUGGAGAGACAUAGGGAGUCUGGCUGGUGGGAGGGAGAUAAACAGAGGCCAACAUCUGGAGUGGGCUCGGACUCAACCUCUGUUUUUAGUUUUAAAACCAUUGCUUCUGAUUUGGAGAAGUGUGACUCUGUUGAGCAUCUCGGCCAGCUGAGUGACUCGGUUAGUCUUUCUGGAGAAGAGGAGGAAAGGGGGAAAGAAAGGGAUGAUAAAAAGUUGGAGUUCACAGACAUUGAGAAACAAGAGCAGCUCAACAAGCAGCAUCACAGGAGUGUGAGUUUGUGAGUAAGGCAUGCCUCAGGCUCACAUGAAGGGGAACAUUCGAGUAGGAGUGAGCAAUUUGCUGAUACUUGAAGACAUUUCCAUAGUGCACAAUAUGAAUCUAAAUGGUACUCAAAUUUUAACAAAAUGAACCAAUGCAAACAAUGGUUUUAAUGUUCUUUUAAAGUGCAAAAUAAUGUAACAUAGGAAUGAAGAAACAAUGAAAAACUUUGUCUUCGGUAGCUGCUUUAUCCUGGAAAGGGUUGCAGAGGAUCAGUACAAAGCAGGAGCACACCCUGGAUGGAAAGGAGAGCAUCACAGGAGACCAUGUAUACACACACACACACACACACACACACACACACACAAACUCUUCACACCAAUACCAGGUUAUCAUGAGAGAUUUUUUUUUUGCAGGAGGGGGAAUGUCUAAUCAGUUACUUGUCCCUGUGAGCAACAGUAUCACAUUAUGCUUUUCUGAAAGUAUGACAAACGAUGACCAAAAACAUUGUAAAUCAUCAGUUUACAAUAUUAUAUUAUCAUAUUCUUAUAAUGUCCGGUCUUUUGUUACAAACGGACAAACAAGAGACAACCGUCUAACGCUAGUUUAAAACAACUAGGAAAACUAUGGUGCAGUUUAGUCUCAGUGUCUAUGGCCACAAUAUGUCUGAUUAGAAUCUAGCAGCAUGAGGAAUAAUGUACAUUUGAAAUAGUUAUCAAGGUUGUUGCACUGCGUAUAUUUCUUUUAAGUUGGAUUUGACCCUAUACUGUCCCUCUUUUUCCCAUCUGUGAGAACAUUGUCUCUAUAAUUGGACUUUGCACCGGGAAAGGGAUUAGAAAGAAAUGGGCUUUUUGUGAAUAACUUUGAUGAAUGUUGAGAGAUAGAAUUAAACCCAGCUCUAGUCUAAUGAAACCAAAUCCAGUAUAAUUUUGUGUAACAGAUCAGCAGGUAAUUAGAAUGCAGUGGCAAGCACACUCAUUUUGCAAUAUAUUGUGAAAGGUGAGAUGUUAAAAGACCCCCUGGGAUGCAGAGGAUGUUGUUGGUGCUGAGAGUAACAGCAAAACUUGUAAAUUAAUGCAUGAAAGCAAAUUAAACCUAGAAAAACAUUACUGCUUUAGGAUAUCACACAGAGCCUUUACUUUAAGAGGAGACACAAUACAGGUAAUGUGCAUAAAACACAAAACUGUCAGUCAGUAAGAUGAAAAAACAAAAUGAAUCUGUUCUCAGACAAAAAUCUUGAUCAUACUUAUACUUAAUAUUUAAAUUGACCAAACUGCAGUUAUUUUAAUUUAAUUGAAUUUUGCAUUAUUAUUAUUAUUCAAAUGCAUUUUAUAUGCUCAAGCCGUUUAUGACAUUCUAAACCCUAGCUUAAAAAUAUUAAUAAGUUAAAUCUGGUAUUAAAAUAGCAUUUGUCAAUUAUCCUUGGAGUUGAGUGUAUUUAGACAUUUUUUUUUUUAAUAAAAUAGGAUUAAAAAGACAUUAUUAUGAUUGGAAGUUGGACCUGACUGCAAAACCAGGCUAGACAAACACUUUAACUGUCAGCUGCUAAACAGCAAUAAACAGCUGCCUCAGUAAUUACCACUGAAGUCAAUUUACACCUCUUUAACCCAGACAAGCUUAAGGUCAUGAAGCUGUAAAAUAUUUUUCCAUUUUCCACCAGCUGCAGAACCCAAAACCUUGGAAUUGUGUGUGUGUGAGUUUUACUUCCAAUUUACAAACGUUAACAUUUCCUGAGAACAAUCACUGAAGACAUAUUUAUUAGGUAUGUGAACCUUAGGCAUUAGAUUUUUAACGCAGUGGUCUGAUGAUUCCACUGAAUCUGCUAUAGCAUGAUAUGAGUUCAGUUCAUAAGACACUGAUUCGAUAUUUGAUGAUGCAGCUGAAUCUACAAACAAUCUACUGAAUCUACUGCAUAGUAAACAAACCCUCAGUAAUUUCACACCAAAGCAAUACAUACUCGCGGUCUACUACAUUCACCUGAUUAUCUUCGUCCUGUUUUUGUGGAUUCUUCCAGGAACCCUUCCUCACACUGCCCUUAAAGUCAGAAUAAAAAUUAGCCUUAAUUGAUCACCAACCCUCUUUAUUUAUUUUUAUCUUAGACUGUAUAUUAUUCAAUAGUUGUGAACUUGUAAAUCGGUUGAUUAUCAGGUUGAAGCUUAAUAGAUAUUUCAUAGUUUGUGAGGAUCUAUAAGACGUGCUGCUCAGUAGAUUGCAAAAAUUGUCCUUGCUUUAUUAUGUUUAGUUUUUCUAUUGCAUUCAAUGUUUAUUUAUUUUUAUUCAACAACAAAUGUUGGCAAGUUUUGAUGUAUCAUGUAAAAUAUUAAGCAGGAAUUCUUGUUAUAACUUAUGUGAUAUGAUAAAUCUUACUUUUGAUCAAUAAUAACAUUUUUCUAUGUUACAUAGCUAUGACUAUGUUAAAUAAGUAUUUCUUGAUGCUAGAUUAAUGCUGGUUUCUUGAAUAGCGUUUCUAGGUUUUGUUUCAUGCUUGUAAAGAUUGUUCUUCAAGAAGAUGAAAGCUGCAAUGUCUGACAGAACAAUACGUUUAUUGCAUUAUACAUAUAUUCUAUGUAUAACAGAAGUUUCAUGCAAUCGAGUUAUAGCUUCCUCUCUGUUGUUCAUGUGUGUAAUCAUAUUUUCAAUGCAACAGUUCUUAGCUGUAUUGACUUUCUCCUUUUCCUCAAGACAUAUGAACACAUUUAAUCGAAUGUGCUACAUGAUCGUAUCGUAUAGAUCAGAUAAACGUGUUAAUAAAAAUGUUUAGUUACA